UUUUACUGAGGGGAGCCGAAAUCCUAAAGAUAACGGAGUCCGUGCUGUUCCUGUAGCGGUUCUCAGAGAGGCGACAGUUACAGAUUUAAACUACAAUGGGGAAUGUUUUUGAAAAGCUGUUUAAAAGUCUAUUUGGGAAAAAAGAGAUGCGGAUUCUUAUGGUGGGUUUGGAUGCAGCUGGAAAAACCACCAUCUUGUAUAAAUUGAAGCUGGGAGAGAUUGUGACUACCAUCCCUACAAUAGGUUUCAAUGUGGAAACAGUAGAAUAUAAAAAUAUCAGCUUCACAGUAUGGGAUGUCGGUGGCCAGGACAAAAUCAGACCUUUGUGGCGACAUUAUUUCCAGAACACCCAAGGUCUGAUUUUUGUGGUUGAUAGUAAUGACAGAGAGAGGGUCAACGAGGCCCGGGAAGAACUAACCAGAAUGUUAGCAGAAGAUGAACUCAGAGAUGCAGUUUUAUUGGUGUUUGUAAAUAAACAGGAUCUUCCCAAUGCUAUGAAUGCAGCAGAGAUAACAGACAAGCUUGGAUUACAUUCCCUCCGCCAGAGAAAUUGGUACAUUCAGGCUACUUGUGCUACCAGUGGAGAUGGGCUUUACGAAGGCCUGGACUGGCUCUCCAACCAGCUCAAAAAUCAGAAGUGACCUGAAACAUUCCUUCCCCUGUGCAUUGUGGCAAAGCCAGCUGGCCUCCUCUGGGUGCAUGUGGGCGUGUGAGGAGCCUUGGUGGCUGUGUGGCUGGGAGUGGGGGCAGCUUUCUCACACCGUGCCUUAUACACGCUAUAAGAAAACCAGUAUUAUGUUUUAAGAAAACCAGUGUUACGUUUUAAACGCUACCUUCCAUUUCAAUGGCUUUGAUGAUGGUUUUUGCAGUUGAUGGAGGAGUCCUGAGGGCUCCCUGGUGCACGACAGCCAGUAGUCUUCAGAGUGGAAAGGGGAGUUGGAGAGGAGUAGAGACAGGUCCGGUUACAGUCCUGGGUCUGGCAUCUCUGCAUACCUAGAGUCCUGUUAGAUUUUGGUGUCAUUUUGUAAGAAGGAAGGAAUUGCUUCCAAAGUUAGCAGCUCACUUUUGAGUGCUUUAAAGCAAACGAGCCUCAAAAAGAACAGGUACUUACUAUGGAGUAAAGAGGUUCAGAUUGGAACGUUUCCCUUAAGUUCUACUUUAGCCGACUCCUGAUUUUAACAUGUUUUAGUUAAAGAAAUCAGUGAUUUCUUUGAGUAUCAGGACAGUAACUCUAGAAAAUUAUCCAGUCUUUCCCUUAGGCUACUCCCUCUGUUACUUGCCAAAUGGAGGCCCUUGGGGAGUAGCCCAGUGUGAGGCCACGGCUCUUCCUGGAGCCCCACAGUCCAUGGUGGAGCAAGGGUUCCACUGGGGGGGAGAGGGAGGGCCAGGUGGAGGAAGUGAGGGAUAUUGUGGUUGUCUUCUGGUGUCACCAUCCCGUCUCAGGUUUUAGGCCUGGAGGCUGCUGUUCCCACUUCCGUACUGUGCCCAGUGCUCUACACAAAGGAGGAGGCUCACUCCUGUGAGGAGCCUCACCAUGUUCACUGUCUUAGUCCACCUUAGGAUAUUGGUUAGUUUCUCCUCCAGAAUCUCACACCUGUGCAUUGUGAAAGUUUGUGAGAAAGCCAAGAGGUUAAUUUUGGGGAGGAAGUCCACUCCCUGCCACCCCUGGCAUUGCCCCCAAGUUGGUGCUAAAUCUUCUGUAAGAAACAUCUCUUGUCUAGACCACUCUCCCUGGCUCUCACUCCCACUCAGAUGGAGUAACAUCUUAGGAACUGUUUGGAAACAGUUUUAUGCUUUAUGUUGUCUCCAAAUAUUAAUUAGAGCUAGGUUCACUCAGCUUUGAGGUCUUUCGCCCAAACAGCUGUUGGCCACGUUUGUAUCUGAACACUUCCACUGUUUAAGAUUUUAAAAUUCAUUUUAAAAGAAGUCUUGAUUCAGAUUACAGAGAUGGGAGGGUAAGUGAAUUUUAACAAAAGUAAACCUUGUUCAUUGAUAACAAUGAAGUUAAAAUAGGAAAAAAUGGUAAAUGUGGGACGUAAUGUUUUUCUUUAAAGAAUUCUCAUUGCAAUACUAGCAAGCCCAGAUUUGAUUUUGAACAGUAAUUCCUGAGAAAUAUUUAGAUUGUACGCCUGAAAUCGGCAGGGGCUGUGUCUCAUACUUUUGUAUUCAUGCUUAGUCCAGUGUACCUGGUAUGGUGCUAGGCCUCCUGAACACUCAUGGAUUGGUUGGAUAAUAAAGAACUUGCUUUGGAAGGAGGAGAGGAUGGAAACAGACUUCUUGAACUAUAAAAUUUCUUCCCCUGCCAUCUUAGACUCUUGAACAUGCCUAGGUGCGUGUCCCAAGCAUCCCUGUGGAGGCACUGCUCCGACCCUGGGCCUUAGCAGUCAGUGGGCCUUACACACUUUUCGCUGCAGUCUCUCACUGUGACUUUGGAGCUGGGGAGUCAGGGUAAGUGUAAGCGGGGAGCAGUUUUUAGCAAAGGCCCAGGUCCCUGAAAGCCAUGUUCCCAUCCCUGCGAUGUUGCUCACUAAUGCUCUUAGCCCCCAUAUUUUGGAGCCUCCGCUUGUUUGACUGAACUGGGCUACUAAUCCUUGCGGUACAGGCCGUGAAAAUCAGCUGUUGCAAGCCCUGCAAUGCCUUGCGCUGCUCUUGCCCUGGGAAUGCCUUGAUGUCAGUGCUGGUGCCAGCCGGCCAGCAGCAUUAAUACAAGUGGCAGGAGACUUAUUUUAUCUCUUUCCUGCUCUAUCUAUCCAAUUGAUGCCACUACAAGUUCUGUCCAUUCUAGCCAUGCUAAGUGCUAUAAGAUCAGUUGGGA